ACUACAAGGCAAGGGAGGCAACUGUUUGUUUUUGUUAUUGUAAGGUAGUCUUGUAUAAGUAUAAAUAAUUUACUUUGCUGCCGAUAUUAAAAUGGGGAAAAGGAAAGAACAUUUUGGCAGUAACGAAGAUGAGAGUAUAUCAGAAUCUCCAGGCAGCAGUCACAAGAAACAUAAAAAAAGGAAAAAGAAACACAAGAAGCGGCGUGACAGUAUGCCAGAAGAGCUAGAGUUCAGCUCGCCACCACCGAGCACUGGGGGCUUCAAGCCUGCCAUUAAACUAAAGCUGAAACUGGGCAAUGAAACCAUGGGAACAAAGAGUUUCACUUCCACCAUAGAGCAGCCUGCCCUGCCCAGUACGAUAACAGGAGCAACAGCAGGGCUGCCUGCUGAGGAGACCUAUGUCAACGUAACCGAUGAACCAUGGGUAGUUGCACCCGGGGAGAUACCUGCAGGAGACGAUGACACAUUCAAGACCAAGAAGCCAGGGGAUGAAACAUCCGACGAGGAGAAGGCGUGGCUCGACGCCCUAGAAGCUGGCAAGCUGGAUGACUUUGAAGAGAGACAGAAACAUAAAGACCCCAAACUCCUCACAGCAAGACAGAGGGCUCUGAUCCAUGGCAAACAAGAGGAGGAGCUCAUGCAGCUGCCGUCAGGUUACAAGAAUGUCCAGCUUACAGAGGAACAGCUUCAGAGACGCCAACAGCGGGCAAAGAAGAGACGACAGCAAGCACAUGAGAAGAGGGAGAAGGAUAAGAAACAAACACUAGACAGAUUAUUGAAGAAACAAGAAUCGAAGCAAAAGGGACCCAGGGGUCGUGGCUCAAAGCGUGCCAACAUACCACGCUACCACUACUCAAGCACCAGUGAGAGCAUCACCAUCUCCGUUCCUGUCGGCUACAACUUUCCCUUCCCAAAACAAGCUGCACAGGAAAUCCAGAAGACAACCAAGUGCGGUGUGAGAGGCUGCAGCAAUCACAAGAAGUAUUCAUGUUCCAAGACUGGUGUAGCACUCUGUAGCCUGGAGUGCUAUAAAACUAACCUUGCACUACACAGCCAGGGCAAUUUGGUGCCACCAACAUGACCACCUUGUCAUGGAAACCUGACCAUUGGAAUUGGCCUGCCUUGUGCUUUGACAGCCAUGGUAACACGUACACUAGUUGCCAUGGUAACAUAUGGAAGUUUGUCCUGUAUUUGUAACAGAUGACUAGUUGCCAUGGGAACAUGUACAUCAUGAGGUUCUCCUUGAGUGGUAAUGUGUGAAGUGAAGAUGUAGGUGUCAUCCUGCCUUUUGCCAAGUGUACAUCAGUUUUGUGUGUACAAUCUGAAUGACAUUUCUGCUUAUAACAAGCAGUAUUCAAGUAUUCUUGUGUGAAUGUGGGGCUAAAGAACACAAUAGUUUCUGAUGCCCAAAUAUACAGCCAUGCUCUUUUGGCCUGGUUUGUUACAUGAAAAAGAAAUAUACACUGAGCUGGUGGCUAGAAAUGCAAGAGUAUUUAUCCAAUAGUUGUGUUAAAGUUUACAACAAUGAUACCAGACCCUGGUGCAGGUGCUGUCACUGGACUUGUUUUUCAACUUGGUCAAUGAUAACGUUUGUUUCCGAGAAGAUAUUAAACAAAAUAAGCUUUGAA